CUCUUCCUUGUCUUAAGUCAAUGACUUGGGGGAUGGAGAGUAAGAAUACAAUCCCGGGUGGUAGAGUUGCAGUUAUCAAUUUAAAGUUGCACGAUUACAGAAAGUUUCCCUCGGCAGAUAUGGAGGUCAAGUUUCAGCUGUCUAGCGUUACACUUGAACCUAUGUUAAGGUCUAUGGCUUACAUCAGCGAACAACUCUCAGCUCCAGCGAAUAGAGUAGCUGUCAUCAAUUUGAAGCUGCAAGACACUGAGACAACAACAGGAGAAUCAGAGGUCAAAUUUCAGGUGUCCAGGGAUACACUAGGGGCAAUGUUGAGAUCAAUGGCUUAUAUCCGUGAGCAGCUCUCUAUUGUUGGAGAGCUACAGACAGAACCACAAGGGAAGAAGCAACGCAAGUGAAAGAGAGAAGCAACCACGGAAAUUUUUUUAAAAAAAAAUUGUAAACGUAGGAAGGAAGAUCCCUCAUUAGGAUUCGUGUGUUCAAUCUUUGUGAUUGAUGUUGUACGUUACAAUGUGUAAUAUGUGCAAGUGUGGAGAAACAGGUGGGGGCAUUGAGUCUUGAUUCAGGGCAGGCUUUGAAUUGUAUAUAUAUCCUUUUUUCAGACA